AUGAAACGAGGUGGUCAAAGUCUGAGAAAUGAGGACAGAAUCAGCAAUUUGCCAGACGCUUUGCUUGUGCAAAUACUGUCUUCCCUUCCAACAAAAGCUGUCGUAGCCUCCAGUGUCCUGUCUAAACGAUGGCGCUCUCUUUGGAAAACGAUGCCGAGUCUUGAGUUUAGUUACAAUGCUACAAAUGAUCUUGAAAGUUUUUCAGAUAACGUCUGCAGGUGUUUGCUUUCACAUCAAGCUCCACUUCUUCUUCAGAGUUUGGAUCUCAAAGUUGAUUUCGACGAUGAGAAUAGUGUGGAUUACGAUAUUGGAAUAUUGCUGGGAGUUGCGUUUGGACUUCACGUGCGUGAACUGAAACUCGAAGUCAACUCUCGGAAAGAUUACCCUCAGAUAUUUCACCCUCCGGGAUAUAACCGACUCUUAAGACUUAACGGGGUGAGAUACAAAGACGAUGUGUCAGUUGUCAACCUUUUGUCCGGAUGUUCUCAUCUUGAGAAUUUGGAGAUUCACCUAUACACACAGUCGGAUGUGAAGACCUUCAAUAUUGAUUUCCCCUACUUGCAGAGACUAAUCAUUUACAGCGUUGGGGAAGUGGUCUAUGUGGUAAAGGCUCCUUCGUUGAAAUACCUAAAGGUCGAAGGGCAUAUAGAUUUUGAUUCGAUUCUGAUUGGGAAUACGCCUGAGCUGGAGGAGGCAGUUAUUGACACCGCUUAUACAGUCUAUGAUUACAAUCUUGAAUCUUUCACUUCGAUUACAUUUCCUACGGGUAUUAUCUUCAGUCAGUUGGUGUAUUUGGAGCUUUAUACAUAUAAAGCCAAUAAGUGGAAUCUACUUAUGCUCAUGCUCGAUGCUUCUCCUAAACUACAGAUCCUCAAGCUCACCGGUUUUGGGCCACGCUAUGAGGAAGAAGAUGAUGUGUCGAAUCAUGGGGAAGAAGAUGAUGAUGUGGCCUGUGAGAAAUGGAAUCAACCGAAGAAUGUUCCUGAAUGUUUGUUGCUCUACCUCCAUAAUUUAGUGUGGGAGUUUUACGAAGGCCAACAAGAAGAGGAGAAGGAGGUGGCUAAGUACAUUCUCAAGAAUGCAUGUUUUUUGAAAAAGGCUACUUUUGUAAGCCUGAUGGGAAGUGUUGAGGAGUGUGAAAGUAUGGUGAGGGCUUCGAGUUCAUGCCAGCUUGUGUUCAAAUGA